AUGCACGCGUGUCAGGUCGACGGCUGCCAGAAGACCUUCUCGCGCAAGUCCAACCUCAAGGCCCACAUGCGCUUGCACACGGGCGAGAAACCGUACGAGUGCCCGGACUGCCGCAAGAAGUUCAAGUGGAAGAGCUGCAUGGCCUCGCACGAGCGCGUUCACUCGCGCAGAACCGACCACCCGCGCUCGGCCGCAGCCGUCGCGGGCCAGCAGGCCGCCAAGCAGAGCGCGCUCCAGCAACAACUCCCCGUACCUCCCGCAGCGUUCCAUGUCCCCGAACGAGGAGGGGGGCACCCGAACUUCCCUCAACACCCCCAGGGCAGGAUGGGAAAGCUCCCUGGGUAUGAGAGUAUGGCUGCCGUCCCGCAGAACUCGUUCGGAUUUGAUACGGCUGACCCUUUUUUCACGCAGCUGCACCUGCAGAACAUGCAUUCAUAUGUAAACCAUCGCCAGCAGCAGCAGCAGGAGCAGCAGCAGCAGCAAAAGCGGCAGCAGCAUCAGCAGCUCCGCGUGCAGGCGCAGCAAUCGCCGCACCCGCCGAUGCCGCCGAGGCAGCACGCCCAGAAGCCCCCGACCGACGAGCAGAAACAGCUCCUGGCAAGGAAGCAGGCGGAACAGAUGUUGCACAAUCAAGGCUUCAGUCAGGAGACCUACGCCAGACAGAAGGAGCUCAAUGAAUUGCAACAGCAGCGACGUCAGCAACAGCUGAGCAUGUUGCAGGCUCAAGCAUCUCCGGAUAAGGCAUUCAACUUCGAUGUACAGCCCGCGCCGCUACCGUAUGCUGCCAACAAUGGUGUGCAGCAGAGACAGAAAAUGAAUCCGUAUGAGCAGGCAUCGUUUCGCGCACAACGUCCCAAUGUACCUGACGUGGGCGGAUUCCCCGAUCUUGUGAGUGCACAACUGCAAGCCGAAACUGCAGUCGCCACACAAGAUACAGAGGAUGCUAUUCAACAGCAAUCAUACUUUGGUCGCCAACAGCAGCAGAAACCCCCCAGACAGCAAGUCCAUCAAAAGCGUCAUCGUCAUUCACCCGCGGAAAACGCACCGCAGGAUAUGUCGCGCGGGGCAGGCGCAUCGCACCUGAAUAACAAAGCACCACCUCCGGGGGGACAAGAAAGACCAUUAGGAAUGCAAUCGAAUGUGGGACAUUAUGCCGGACCAAACGCGGAAGGACAGUCAUAUUCGAAGGAAGAUCAGAGCGCGUCCAAUACGUUAUCUUUGAAGGAACAAAUGGACCUGGCUGCAGAAACACAAGGUUUAAGUCUGUAUGAUUUAGUUUACAGGCCUGCGGCGCCGAUUGGCUCCAACCGGGUCGUACCACCGUACGAGCCUGGAGAGGAGCUAUCGCAAGGAGCCUGGGGCAGUGGUCAGCAGUCUACAGAAGUCACAAAUAUCCAGGAUGAACUUGAAGAAACAGGAGUUCGUGAAGAUGAGCAAAGUGCAGAAAACGAAGAAGACGACGAGGAAGACUUUUUCGAUGAAGAGGACGAUGACGGAGAGGAUCAACAUCAAGAAAUUGGGACAGAAGUAGAGGAUCAAGCCACUGAAGCAGGUACAAGGAAUAAAAAGGUGACUGAGUGUAUGGACCCAGCAGAAAGCGCCGCUGUCAAAGCUGGAGUCUCGGAAAACAAAAACCUAUCGCAACUGCCAACAAGUUAUUCCUUCAGAAAGUCAAACGAGCUUGGAAUAGAUCGUUCCGAUGCCUCGCUUGGAACAGCUAUGGACGUUUCGCUAGCCAUGGGACUCUCGUUUAGCUCUGGCGUCGACAAAUUGAAGGACGAGGAGCCAGAAUUGAUGCCUUACUUCACGACAAUAACUGGCGCAAAACGACUGAGAUCGCAAUCCGGCAGUGGACGGAAUAUGCCGGGCGACUCGAAGGAUAUGAGCGACUACACUGCUGAGCUUGGUCAGCAAUACUACACUCGGAAGCCAUCUGCUGCAUUAUCUGGCGGAUUGAAGUAUAACGGAGCAUGGUCCGGAAAUAUGAGUGAUAUACUCGGCACAGCGUUCGAAGGUUCGGGUUCCGGGUCUGCGUUGUUAUCGCUUAUGAUUCCAGAGCUCGCCGGAUCACGAGGAUCUUACGGAAACAGCGUAUCCCCGCUAGGCAUCACGCUCGCUAGUUCCCCAAGGCCAGCUUUAGCUUUUUCACAUCGGGGGUUUCAAUCUCCUCGAAACUCUUUUUCGCUGAAUCUGGAUAAGGCGCCCUAGGUGCAUACGAGCUGCGUUGAUCCUCUCCAACUUUGGACGUAAACCACAGACAAAUCUAGCGAUCCGA